CUUUGGUAAGCAUAGGGUUUGGGAACUCCCUGCGUCCUUAGUAGAGAAGCCCGUCAUCAAAAGCUUCCUGAUGUGUUAAUACCUGUUUGUUGUUUGCAAGUUACCAAUAAUAGAAAAGAAAAAUCAUGAACACUCUAGAGGAGUCAGCCUGGCUGCUAGUAGUAGCAGCUAUGUGGGGAGCCACCAAUCCACUCAUAAAGAAAGGCAGCAAGGGUGUGGAGCUGAUAAAAGAAGACAGUGCAUUUUCGCAAUUUCUGGCAGAAUUCCAGUUCUUGUUUUUCAAUAUUAAAUAUCUCAUUCCAUUUUUACUUAAUCAGAUGGGUUCUGUUCUUUACUACAUUAUGCUGUCUUCUACAGAUCUAUCUCUUGCUGUACCACUCACUAAUUCUCUCACAUUCAUCUUUACUUCCUUGUCUGGGAGGAUUCUUGGAGAAAAGCCAGAGUCAUAUGAAACACUGCUUGGCCUUUUCCUUGUGGUGUGUGGAGUUGUUCUCUGUGUCUACAGCAAGUCCUGACACUUUAGGAAAAGUAAAAAUGUUCAUUCAUAUUUAUUGUCCCUAUUUUUGAUCAACCAGUUUCAGAGACUGUAGUUGUGAAGCAAAGGUAACAUUACUUCAGGGUUAGCUAUGAAACACAGGUAACAGUCCCCCAGCAUUAGCUAUGAAGCAAAUGUAAUGCUGCUUCAGGGUAGCUAUAAAGUGUAACAUUACCCCUGGGGUGUAUGUCAAGCAGAUUGUUAUCCCAGGGUUAGAAAGCAUAGUUGUAGGGUCCUGCAAUGGAAAUAGGGAUGGACCUAGGUGGUCAGCUAAUAAUGUGGAGGAUGGCAUCUUGCAUAGUCUACAUCUUUGGCUACAAAGAGGCUGGUAGGGCUAUAUGUAUGAAGUCUUGGAUGUACCACUUCUAUGGCUACAGAGGCUUGGUAGGGCUGUAGGGAUGGAGUCUCAGACAUACCACAGUUAUGACAACAGAGGACUUGAUUGGGUGUUGUUAUGGAGUCUCAGGUUUAUAACUACAGACCCCAGGGUGCCAUCCAUAGUAAGAUAAUAUUCUAGGGUGUGACCAUUUGUUCCACAGAUCAUGUACAUGGAAAUAAGCUUCAAGCUUUCAAGUAGACCAUUGCUGUUCUUUCUCAAAUGGUUGGUUAAAAACAGUUUUGACAUUGAGAGAUUUUUAAAAAAUGCCUUGAGGUAUCAGCAAGUUGAUAUGUCUUUCCAUGUGUAUUUGUAACAAAAUGCAGUGUACAGUUUUGUUCAGAUUCACUUCAGAUCAGUAUAGCUUGCUUAUAUCAUUUCAUGUGCCGAUGCACUUUUCAAAAUUUUUAGAUACAAAUUAAUUUUUGUAAUUUUUUUCUGUAUUACUUAAUGUUCUUUUCUGUAUUAUUAUUAUUGUCAUCACCACUACCACCAUCAAAUGUUAUACUUGAAAAGAAUCAUAUAAAAUUGAUAUCUGUGGGCAUUUUGAUAAAAAUGUUCAUGAUUGGCUUUAAAGACAGUGAACAACAUGUUUGUCAAG